AUGUGAUAAACUGUAUAAUAUACUGAUUUGACUUUAGUAAUUCGUAAAUGAAUCGUGGCAAUUACCGUUAGUUAAACAUGGUUGUCUUGUAUGUGUUUAAAAGAUAUCUUUUUCAUUUUGCUAGAAGACCAUGGACAGCUAACAUUAUAACUACCGGUAUCACUUUUGUAAUUGGAGAUUUUGUCUCUCAAAAAUGCAUUGAGAAGAAGCCAUACAAUUUUAAAAGAGCAGCUAAAUUAUUUGGAAUAGGAACCUUAGUUGUUGCACCAAUGGUGUUUUGUUGGUUUAAAGUUCUUGACAAGGUUGUAAAAGCUACAACACUGUUUGCAAGUUUGAAAAAAGUUCUUAUCGACCAGUUAGUGUUUUCUCCAUUCAUAAUAUCGAUCAUGUUUACAAUAACGAACUUUUCUGAUGGUAAAAAUUCAGACCAGCUUGUUGAGCGAUUUAGAAGAGAUUAUUAUUCAACGCUAAUGAGUUCGUAUCAAUUUUGGCCAUUUGUUCAAAUUUUUAAUUUUACCUUAGUUCCUACAGUUUACAGAAUCCUUGUUGUGAGAUUUGCUUCUCUUUUUUGGAAUACAUACAUUAGUUUUGUUUUAUUUAGUGAAAGAAAAAUUGAAGACUUUCAUCUUUGACAUUGUAGAAAAGAAAAAUGUAGUUAUAAAGAAUGACGUAUUUGUAUAACACAUAAUUAUCUUUGCAAAAAGAAAAAGGCAAAAAUACGCCUUUCCUAUUAAAGUUUGCAAACAAAAUCGAAGGUUAAAGUUUGUCUAUAAUAUUUUGUCAGAAACUGAUAUAAACGAAAACACGUUUUUUUAAGUGUUAUACUCAUUUUUUUUUUAAUUUUUUUUUAUGCAACGGUUAUUUGAAGGGCAACUUUGUAUCGUCCCCACAUGAUAUUAAAAAUAUAUUAGAUAAAGUUUUA